AUGAAGCUUUUCAGGUUUUUGCUUGCAUGGACUUUUGCUCUUUUAGCUUCUUCCUUCGCUUCUGCUGCAGCAGUGGAACGCACUUUCAAAGUUCAAAACAAGACUAUCAAACGCUUGUGCAAUGAGCGAGUAAUUGUGACAGUUAAUGGACGAUUCCCUGGGCCAAAGAUUAAUGUCCGCGAAGGUGACACUAUCAUUGUUCAUCUAUUCAACCAGGGACCUUACAAUAUCACUAUUCAUUGGCAUGGAGUGUUUCAGCUCUUUAGCGGUUGGGCAGAUGGUCCAGAGUAUGUAACUCAAUGCACAAUCAGUCCGGGAAAUAAGUAUACUUAUAAAUUCAAUGUGACGCAACAAGAAGGAACCUUAUGGUGGCAUGCUCACGCAUCUGUUCUACGAGCUACUAUUCAUGGUGCUUUCAUCAUUCACCCACGUUCAGGCCUAUUUCCAUUUCCUAAACCUUACAAACAAUUUCCUAUUAUAUUAGGUGACUGGUAUGAUUCUAAUGUUGUGGAUGUUGAGACCCAAGCACUCGCCACUGGUGGCGGUCCAAAUGUAUCUAAUGCAUUCACAAUCAACGGCUUGCCUGGUGAUCUCUUCAAUUGUUCAAAAUCUCAGACAUUCAAGAUGAAGGUGAAUCAGGGAAAGACCUACAUGCUACGAAUUAUCAAUGCUGCACUCAAUAACCAACUUUUCUUCAAGAUAGCAAAUCACACUUUCAAAGUUGUUGCCGUGGAUGCUGCAUACACUGACCACUACAUCACCGACAUCAUCGUUAUCGCUCCUGGCCAAACGGUUGAUGCACUAUUUACAACAAACCAACGCUUAGGUUCAUACUACAUGGCUGCAUCUCCUUAUUCUCUUGGCGUGCCAAUCUUUGACAACACUACAACACGUGGCAUUAUCGUUUACGACCAUGCACCACGAUUAUCACACCCCCUGAUGCCAACCCUACCACCUUUCAAUGACACUGCAACGGCUCACAAAUUCUACAGCAACAUAACUGGUAAGGUGGGGGCUCCACACUGGAUUCCAGUACCAUCUAAGGUUGAUGAACACAUGUUCAUUACUAUUGGAUUGAAUCUAGAACCGUGUGAUCCUAAGAAUGCCACCAAUGCCACAUGUCAGGGUCCACUUGGCCGUAGGUUUUCUUCCAGUAUGAACAAUGAGUCCUUUGUGAUCCCUAAGGGGAGAGGGUUCUCUAUGUUGGAAGCAUUCUUUAAGAAUGUGAGUGGAGUUUACAAAGCUGAUUUCCCUAACAACCCUCCAGUUAUGUUUGACUUCACCAAUCCUAAUAUCAGUUUUAAUACGAACCUUUUGUUUGCGCCAAAAUCAACCAAGGCGAAGAAACUCAAGUUCAAUUCAACCGUGGAGGUUGUGUUUCAGAACACAGCGUUUAUCGCUGUGCAGAACCAUCCAAUUCACAUUCAUGGUUUUAGUUUCCAUGUUUUGGCUCAAGGGUUUGGGAAUUUCAAUUCCACCGCUGAUUCAACCAAGUUUAAUUUGGUGAAUCCUCAACUGCGCAACACAAUUGCUGUGCCGGUGGGAGGAUGGGCUGUGAUUCGAUUCCGAGCAAACAAUCCAGGGGUAUGGUUUGUGCAUUGCCAUGUGGAAGAUCAUGUGCCAUGGGGACUGGACAUGGCUUUUGAGGUUGAGAAUGGACCAACUUCUUCAACUUCACUCCCUCCACCACCUGCUGAUUUGCCUAAAUGUUAA